ACACAUUGCACGCUUCGCACACAUAUACAUAUACACAUUCGCGAGUUGCCGUUCACGUCGCUCGGUCCUAUCGCUAUAAACACCGGAGAUAAUUUCAUUCACUUGAAAUAGUCAACUACGUGUAUCAUUGCUUAUACUCUUGCCCAGAUGGAGAUCGAGGUUGUGUCAGCGAGCGGUAAACCUAUCGCCUCAGUGACGGUUGAAGAAAAAAGUACUAUUGGAGAUGUAAAAAAACAGUUGCACAGUAAGAAAAAAGCCCCCUAUCCUGGAAGACAAUGUCUUCGCACAGAAGCCAAAGGAAAAGCUCUUGGCGAUUCAGAAACAAUUAAAGGACUGCAACUCAAAAAUGGAUCCAAACUCUACUUUAAGGAUCUAGGACCACAAAUUGGAUGGAAAACCGUUUUUCUAGCUGAAUAUGCUGGACCACUUGCUGUGUACUUGUGGGUCUACCAAAGGCCAUGGAUAUUAUAUGGAGAUGCAAUUGGUGCUCAAAUUCAUCCUGCAGUACAUUGGGCAGCUGCAUGCUGGUCUCUUCAUUAUAUCAAGCGAUUGCUGGAGACACUAUUCGUACACAGAUUCAGCCAUGCCACUAUGCCAUUAAGAAAUCUUUUCAAAAAUUGCUCGUACUACUGGCUUUUUACUGGAUACGUAGCAUACCAUGUAAAUCAUCCUCUUUACACACCGGCCAAUGGCCUCUCAUUUUUUACUGGUGCUGCACUAUUCUUUUUAUGCGAAUUGGGUAAUUUGAGCAUCCAUCUGGCUUUGAGAAAUCUGAGGCCACCUGGCACAACUAUCAGAAAAAUACCAAAACCAACUGGAAAUCCUUUCACAAACCUUUUCAACUUUGUAUCUUGCCCUAACUAUACAUAUGAAAUUGGAAGUUGGAUUGGUUUCACUGUAAUGACUCAAUGUAUUCCAGCUGGUAUCUUUGCAUUUGCUGGCGCUUAUCAAAUGGCUGUUUGGGCUUUAGGCAAACAUAAACUUUACAAAAAGGAAUUUUCUGACUACCCUAGAAAUCGCAAAGCAAUAAUUCCCUUUGUGCUGUGAAUAACACAAGAAUCGUAUAACAUUCCACGAGUGACUAUGAAAAUUCUUGAGAGACUUUAUAUAAACUGUAAUUAAGUUGGUUAAAAAACUUGGUGUAGUGCAUUUUGUUACAUUCAUAUUUAAUACAUAUAUAUAAUAUAUAUUACAUAU